AAGACGUAUAAAUAGGAAACAAAAUUACAAGUAGAAACUAGAAACACAAAGACGUGGUGUAUAAAUCAUCUCCAGCUUAAAGCUAGCCGACUCGCUUCCGUGUUCCAAUUUCAGGCCAAUCUCCCUCAAGCCCCCCCUCUUCUAAUCUCAUCAAAUUGUUUGCAUUCCUGGAUUGCCGGUGGUGAAAGGCCACAAAAGUCCAUUCGUCCUCUCGUCAUCAAUUUCAACUUGCAUUUGAAGCAGGGAUGAAAGCUAUUCUUCAAAAUCCGCCGUCGUACUACAUGGCCCAACAAGCACUUCGGCAACCGAGUUGGAGCUUAUUAUCAGGAGGCUCCCUUGUUUCAUUCACUAGAGGGCAUAAUUUGGUGCGGCAGAGCUCACGGCUUCAGUUACCUUCACCUUCACGCAAUCUAGUUGUUAAGGCGGUUGCUACUCCAGAUUCAGCCGUGGAAUUACCAUUGACUGCAGAAAAUGUGGAAAGUGUAUUAGAUGAAAUCCGCCCAUAUCUCAUUUCUGAUGGGGGGAAUGUGGCAUUACAUGAAAUUGAUGGCAAUAUAGUGCGGUUAAAGCUACAAGGAGCAUGUGGAUCAUGUCCGAGCUCUGUUAUGACAAUGAAAAUGGGUAUUGAGCGUCGUUUAAUGGAAAAAAUCCCUGAAAUAGUUGCUGUGGAACCAAUAGCAGAUGAAGAAACAGGCCUUGAGCUGAAUGAAGAAAAUAUAGAGAAGGUACUUGAAGAAAUUAGACCCUACUUAGUAGGGGCAGCAGGUGGAUCUCUAGAACUUGUGGCAAUCGAUGAGCCUAUAGUCAAAGUCCGGAUCACAGGUCCUGCUGCUGGGGUGAUGACUGUUAGAGUUGCUGUCACACAGAAAUUGCGUGAGAAAAUCCCUACCAUCGCAGCAGUUCAACUACUGUAAAAUAAGAAUCACAUUCAAAUUUGCAAGCUGGCUACUUUUCCAAGCUGGGGUUGUAAUUAGUAGUAUCUGCAGUUUAGGUGAUUAAACAAAGAAUAUUUUGCAUUGUACUUAUUUUUCUUCUUGAUAAAUAAAAAUAUUACAUAUCAUCUGCA